AUGGCCACAGAAGAUUUCAGUUUCCCCAUAAUUGGGAACGCGUUCCUAUGCAGCAUCAGUUCGCCCCAGUUGUGGCAACUCUCUGGGGCAGCCUCUCUAGACUCUUGCAGCCAUGAAGAAUAUGAGGAAGAUUGUGCUUUUGCACCAGAACCAAUCAUGAACAGCCAAAGAGUGAGCUUCUCAUAUGCAGAGGAUGGUGGAAAAGAGGUACUGAAUGAUGGGAAGGAUGACGACGACGACGACGACGACAAUAAUGAAGAGGAGAAGAUGGACAUGUUGUGGGAGGAAUAUUUCAAUGAAGAAUUGUCAAGAACUCCUACUUCAAGAUCCAAUACUUUUUCGUCCAGAGAUAUGGUGGAAUUGGGUAGUGUUAAGCCAUUGACUAGGAAGCCAGGCAGGCUGUUGAUCAUGAAGGUCUUGAAGAAGCUUCUCUUGCUCCAUAAAAAUUCUCAUGGAAAGCUUAAAAUGACUCGAAAUUAG